AGCCGCAGCCAAUAGCACCCCUUAUUUCUCAGUCUGACAGCAGCGAGCUCGAGCGCAGCCCUCCCUCUCUCCUGGCUCGAUAUAAAAAUCCGGUGCCGACCACAGUCUGUCUUUUUCCCUCAGCUCCAAAUCAGGGGACGUCUUGGUGGGCACAGUAAAACCAAACAUGGGAAAGGAAAAGAUCCACAUCAACAUCGUGGUCAUUGGCCAUGUCGACUCCGGCAAGUCCACCACCACCGGCCACCUGAUCUACAAGUGCGGCGGCAUCGACAAGAGGACCAUCGAGAAGUUCGAGAAGGAAGCCGCCGAGAUGGGCAAGGGCUCCUUCAAGUACGCCUGGGUGCUGGACAAACUGAAGGCCGAGCGUGAGCGUGGUAUCACAAUUGACAUCGCUCUGUGGAAGUUUGAGACCGCCAAGUACUACGUGACCAUCAUCGAUGCCCCCGGACACAGGGACUUCAUCAAGAACAUGAUCACUGGUACCUCUCAGGCCGACUGCGCCGUUCUGAUCGUCGCUGCCGGUGUUGGUGAGUUCGAGGCAGGUAUUUCCAAGAACGGCCAGACCCGCGAGCACGCCCUGCUGGCCUUCACCCUCGGCGUGAAGCAGCUCAUCGUCGGCGUCAACAAGAUGGACUCCACCGAGCCCCCGUACAGCCAGAAGCGUUUCGAGGAGAUCACCAAGGAAGUGAGCGCCUACAUCAAGAAGAUCGGCUACAACCCCGCCACCGUCGCCUUCGUCCCCAUCUCUGGGUGGCACGGAGACAACAUGCUGGAGGCCAGUGAAAAGAUGGCCUGGUUCAAGGGUUGGAAGAUUGAGCGCAAAGAGGGCGGUGCCACUGGCACCACCCUGCUGGAGGCGCUGGACUCCAUCAUGGCCCCCAGCCGCCCCACUGACAAGCCCCUGCGUCUGCCCCUGCAGGACGUCUACAAGAUUGGUGGUAUUGGAACUGUCCCCGUCGGCCGCGUUGAGACCGGUAUCCUGAAGCCUGGCAUGGUCGUCACCUUCGCUCCCCCCAACCUGACCACCGAGGUGAAGUCUGUGGAGAUGCACCACGAGUCCCUGCCCGAGGCUCUCCCCGGCGACAACGUCGGCUUCAACAUCAAGAACGUGUCCGUCAAGGAGAUCCGCCGCGGGAAUGUGGCCGGCGACAGCAAGAACGACCCGCCCAUGGCGGCCGACAACUUCUCUGCUCAGGUCAUCAUCCUCAACCACCCCGGGCAGAUCUCACAGGGCUACGCCCCCGUGCUCGACUGCCACACCGCUCACAUCGCCUGCAAGUUCAGCGAGCUCGUGGAGAAGAUCGACCGUCGUUCCGGCAAGAAGCUUGAGGACAACCCCAAGGCCCUCAAGUCUGGAGACGCCGCCAUCAUCAAGAUGAUGCCUGGAAAGCCCAUGUGUGUCGAGAGCUUCUCACAGUAUCCCCCACUGGGUCGCUUCGCUGUGCGCGACAUGAGGCAGACCGUGGCCGUCGGUGUCAUCAAGUCCGUGGAUAAGAAGCUCCCCUCCGGUGGCAAGGUCACCAAGUCGGCACAGAAGGCCGAGAAGAAGAAAUGAAUUCUCGUUCGGGAUGUCCGACCCCAUAUCACGUCUCAGCAGCAGCAGCGGGCCGCCCCAUCCCUCCUCCUCCCCUGCCACCCAGCGCCGUCUCCCCUGAGGCAGAGCUCUCUACUCAAGGACUGGCUAAUGCUGAUCAAAACCCACCGUAAAAGUUUCCGCAGGAAAGGAAGGCAUGUGCCUUUUAGGAGAAUACUGUGACCGUGAUUAAAUUACAAACAAAACAAAUAAAAAUCUUAAAUAUUG